AGCGUAGUGCCGUCAUUCUUAGCCGGCACACAUAAAUACUCCAACAAGUCAGGAAAAAUUCAGUCAACAAAUGUUGAUGUCAUUUAUUGGACGUAAAAUAGUCGACGCAAAGAAUUUGCUAGCCCUGUGGAGUCCCCUCAGCAGACGUGGAAACAAUUGCAAUUUUGAUACCUUCCUAACAUUCGUUCUACUACUCUCCGUAUACACAACAACUGCGACCAUGUCGAAUCACGAUCAAAUUGUAGCACAACGCGAGUUCGCCAGCAAAUCGGCACAAUUUGCCGUAAAACUCUUCAAUCACAUGCACAAGAAAGAUCCCAACAAGAAUAUUAUCUACUCGCCUUUCUCGAUACAAACAUGUGUGGGCAUGGCACGCAUUGGCGCGGUCGGUGAAACCGCUGCGGAACUCGACCGCGCACUGGGUCUACCAUCGAACGAUGUGGCGGCGAUCGCCGAUACUUUCCACAAUGUAUUGGUAACCUAUAAGGAUAGUCCGAUUUUAAAGGUCGCCAAUAAGAUUUUCGUUAUGCAAGGCUAUAGCAUCAAGAAGGAAUUCAAUGAAAUUGCCACAACCAAGUUCUACUCCUCAGCCGAUAGCAUUAAUUUCGCUGACAGCGCUAACGCGGCAAAUACAAUUAACAAGUGGGUGGAAUCCAAAACGAAUAAUCUAAUCAAAAAUCUCAUCGUACCGGAUGCGGUGAAUUCCGAUACGCGCAUGGUAUUGGUCAAUGCCAUACACUUUAAGGGCGAAUGGAAAUACCAGUUCCCGAAAUCGGCAACACGUGAUGAUGAUUUCUAUCUGAAUGAAGUCGACUCGGUGCGUGUGCCAAUGAUGAAUUUGAAGGAAAGCUUCGGCUAUGGUGUUAUAUCUGAAUUGGACGCCACCGUGCUCGAAAUGCCCUACAAGGAUUCCGAUCUAUCGAUGUUGGUGAUAUUGCCGAACUUACGCACAGGAUUGGCCAGUCUGCAGGAGAAGCUGAAGAACUUCAAUCUCAGUGACAUCACACGUUAUUUGAUUAACACGAAAGUCAUUGUGAAAAUGCCCAAAUUCAAGGCGGAAUACAAUAUCGAAUUGAAUGAUGCUUUGAUAAAUCUUGGCAUGGCGCGCAUGUUCAGCAACGAUGCUGAAUUCAGUAACAUGCUCGAUUCGACCGAGCCACUGCAGGUCUCGAAAGUCGUGCACAAAGCCUUCAUCGAAGUGAACGAGGAAGGCACUGAGGCCGCGGCAGCCACUGCCAUCUUCGUGGGCUUCAGCGGACCAGCAUUACCUAAACAACCGCCCAGAAAGUUUAUUGCUGACAGACCCUUCGUAUUUCUAAUAAAAAAUAAAGCAAAUUUCGUUAUUUUUGCUGGACAAAAGGCCAGGCGUUAAGGCCUAAAUGUAUUCUACACAAUUUUAAAUUUACUUUUAUUUACUUUACGUAUGUUAAUUAACAGAGUUUAAAUUUGAGAAACUGGUUUAGAUAAAACAAUACGAUGGUCUUGAGGGGUUACGUGGCUUUCACCAAUUUUUCCAUAUACAUAAUUAAUUUAUUACAAUUUUUUAGCAACAUUCGAAAAAAAAUUUUUGAAAAUUUUUGGCCAAAAAAUCAGGCGUUCGUAGCUAGCUCCUGGGGGCACCACCCAAAAAUGUCACCUUGCGGUGGUCAGCAUAACAAGCGAAGGAUUCAUCUAAAAUCAAAAACUCAAAUUUUAACGGUUAGUCGAUGAGUUAGCUCCUGAUUAGUCAAAAAUUUUUUUAAAAAAUAAGAAAUAAAUUUUUUUGCACAGUUGCAAGUAAAACAGUAUGAUUUUAGGUCUAAUUUUUACGACAACUUACCUUGAAAAAAAUUAGUUUUUAUCGAAAAAAUUAUUAUAUCAAUCACGAGGACAUGCUACUUAGAAGAACUCUGAAAAAAUUCAAUAAGAACGUUACACUAGUUUCUGAGUAAUUGUUUCCACCGACUUUGAUAACCAUGUUUCGAGAAAAAACGCGAUCAAAUAUUGGAGUAGCCGAACGAUCUAGCCUGCCGACCGCUCUCCCAAAGUUUAUUAUUGCGAAUACUGAAAUAUUGGGUAAACAUUCUGGAAGCUAAAAAAAUAUUUUUUUGAAAUUUCAAAACCCACCAAACCCCUUAAGAAUUAAUUUUGGAACUCAGCAUCAGACAUUCGAGGAGAAUUGACUAUCAGGCGUUUUAGGAUUUAGGUAUGGAUUGCUUUUCUGAAGCGCUGUCAUACGGUCUCAAAAUCCUCUUAAGUAGUGGCGCACUAAGGGUUACAAUUAGGUGAAAAUAAAUUUUGUGAGAAAAGUUUUUAAUAAAAUAAAG